CAUUAGCAAAUGCCUCAGCAAAUCUGGGCCGUUUGAUCUGAAUCAGAUCAUCUGAUCCCACAAGCCUUCCCCGUACCCGUGCCCUCCGCCGGUGAUGGCGAAGCUCCCGUCGUCCUCCGCGGCGGCGGCCGCCGGAGGCCGCGGCCCGGCCCACCAACGGACCCGGGUCCUCCUGCUGCUCCUCGUGGCCGUCGCCGCCUCCGCCUCCACAGUGGGGUUCCUCCUCCGCGGCGCCCUGCGUGACCCCUGUGACGCCCACGUGGACUCCGCCUCCCUCACCGCCGCUGCUGCCGACGGGAGUCCCCUCGGGUUCAUGAGGUCCAAGCUCGUGCUGCUCGUCUCCCACGAGCUCUCCCUCUCCGGUGGCCCACUUUUACUGAUGGAGCUGGCAUUUCUUCUGAGGCAUGUUGGCUCACAAGUGGUGUGGAUAACAAACCAGAGAUCAGAAGAAACAAAUGAUAUUACACAUAGCUUGGAGCAUAAGAUGUUGAACCAUGGAGUGCAGGUUUUACCAGCUAGGGGACAAGAGGCAGUUGAUACUGCUCGAAAAGCUGAUCUGGUUGUCUUGAACACUGCUGUCGCUGGCAAAUGGCUUGAUCCUGUUCUAAAAGAUCAUGUUCCUGAAGUCCUUCCAAAGAUUCUGUGGUGGAUCCAUGAAAUGCGAGGGCAUUACUUUAAGCUUGAAUUUGUCAAACAUCUUCCCUUUGUUGCUGGGGCCAUGAUUGAUUCUCACACAACGGCUGAAUAUUGGAAGAGCAGGACUAGCGACCGUCUGAAAAUACAGAUGCCACAAACUUAUGUUGUCCACCUCGGGAAUAGUAAAGAACUAAUGGAAGUUGCUGAAGAUAACAUUGCAAGAAGAGUCCUACGAGAACAUAUUCGUGAGUCCCUUGGAGUACGGAGUGAAGAUCUCCUGUUUGCAAUAAUAAACAGUGUAUCACGAGGAAAAGGGCAAGACUUGUUUCUUCAGGCAUUUUAUCAGAGUUUGCAGCUCAUCCAACAGCAGAAGUUAAAAGUGCCUACGAUGCAUGCCGUAGUUGUGGGAAGUGAUAUGAAUGCUCAGACCAAAUUUGAGACCCAGCUACGCGACUUUGUGGUGAAGAAUGGGAUUCAUGAACGUGUCCAUUUCGUGAACAAGACAUUGGCAGUGGCUCCUUAUUUGGCAGCAAUUGAUGUGCUUGUUCAGAACUCUCAGGCCCGUGGAGAAUGCUUUGGAAGGAUAACAAUCGAAGCAAUGGCAUUCAAGUUGCCAGUACUGGGCACGGCUGCUGGAGGGACCACGGAAAUCAUCCUGGAUGGCUUGACUGGCCUUCUGCACCCUGCAGGGAAGGAGGGCGUCGCACCUCUCGCGAAGAACAUCGUGAGACUCGCAAGCCAUGCUGAGCAGAGGGCCUCCAUGGGGAAGAAGGGCUAUGACAGGGUGAGGGAUAGGUUCAUGGAGCACCACAUGGCUGAGAGGAUCGCGGCAGUGCUGAAGGAAGUUCUGAAGAAAUCACAGGAACAACACACUCGUUCUUGAGCUUUACCGUGCCCAUCAGCUUGUGCUAACAUGUAGAUCUAGAUCUUACGGACUAUGAAGUUCGGACUCGGGGUAAACUGUAGAUUACAGUCUGUUUCACCUGUUGUUCUGCUUCGUGGUUUGCUGUAUUUCAUUCAUUUCUCAUUGGUGAGGUAAUCAGGUAAACUGUCUGUUCCACCU